AUGAGAGAAGAAGAAAAAAGAGGCAGAAAGAAAAGAAAAGUAGGAGGAAUAACAACAGGAAAAGAGGAGAAUAACAGAAGGAAAAAGGGAGAAAAUUAUAAAAAAAUGGAAAAAAUAAGAAGGAAAAACAAAAGAAAAAGGAAAAAAAACCCUAAUGAUUCCUCCGAUGCUGCUCUUGUGGAAACCACAUAUAAGAAUGUAAACAUCAGAUAUAUAUACGUAAUUCUUCCAUACUUCAGUGCCCCCAUUUCAAACCAACACCGUGAGCACAUUCAUCAAAUGAUUCAUUUGAAUUCUCAUAUACUACUCUCCGAAAUCAACCGCAAAUAUGUAUGA